ACUCGUCUUCUAUACGGCUUAUGCUUGUCGCCCAAGUAAUUCAAAUCCGCGUUGUCCUUGCUGGACAAUAAGCAUGAAUCGACUAUUCCGCUCAGAGGUUCUACAGCGUGAUCAACUUUAUCGACUGCUGGACCACAGAUACAAGUCUACCGGUGUUUCCUUUGUCGAGCCCAUAUUCCAACCCUUUUGGCGGUGGACUGCCAAGCAUGUACCCCUCACUGUUGCACCAAACACCCUAACUUUGACCGGACUGAUUUCAAAUGUCAUCCCAAUUUUGCUACUUUUAUACUAUAGUCCAAAUUUCAAAGAUGAGAUUCCAGCUUUUCCCAUCCUCCUUUUCGCCUUUGGUAUAUUCAUCUACAUGACACUCGAUGCUCUCGAUGGCCUCCAUGCUCGACGUACUAACACCUGUUCUCACCUUGGGGAAAUGUUUGACCACGGCUGUGACGCCAUUUCCAUGUAUCUACUGCCCCUAGCCUAUUUCGCAAUCAUUGGCUUGGGCGAUAGUCCCACAGCGAUGUUCAUUGAGUUUUUCAUCUUGAACUCUAUGUUCUACACGUACCAGUGGCAAUCGUUUGUUAGCGGUUGUAUGUCCUUUGACAGGUUGGUGCAUUGUUUCCCAUCUCCAGAAUUCAUUUAUCUUCGUAGUUUUAGCGUGUCGGAAUCAAUUAUGUUCGCCAUAGUGUUUUCAAUAUUGUCAGCCAUAUUUGGAGUUGACAUGUGGCGUUUAAAGGACCCUCUUUUUGGACUGCAGUUGAAUCGACUUCAAUUUCUAAUAGUCGUACUUGGCUCAAUCGUGCUAUUUUCUCGAGCUGGCCAGUCCAUUGCAGUGGACGGUAGCGGCAAGUACGGCACCACAGUCGCGAACACCAGUGUCCUGUUUCCCGUCUGGCCGCUGUUAUUAAUAGUCGGCUCAGCUGUCUUCGUGUUUGUGCGGUCCCCGAGCCAAGUCUACAUGCAUCACCCUUGCUUAUUUCUCAUGUGCUUUGGCGCUGUGAUGGCGAAAAUUUCGCAAAAUCUCGUGAUUGCCCACAUGACGAAAACCGGCAUCAGACGGUUUGAUACGGUGAUGCUUGGGCCGCUGUCUCUACUUGUCAACCUAUACUUUGACUGCCCAGUCAACGAACAUUGGUUACUAUGGGCGGCCUGUCAUCUCGGUUGUCGACGAAACACUUCCGAGCUGUUGGUUGAUCCGAUGGUAGUUGAUCUGUUCGCCGAGCUUGGCAACUGGUUUGCAAACGUUUCGUCCCCAGUCGAGGAGACAUUGUCAGU